AUGUCGCACGAAGCAUUACCCAUCGACCGAGCGAGGUUUGCUGAAGCUCUCGAAUCGCUGCCUCUCGAUACGCUGCACUCCAAGGUUGCCGAACUGCGCAACAACAUGAAUCAUCUGAGAUAUUCAAACGAACAAAUGAUUGCAAAGACGCCAUCCGAGGUGGAGAAGAGAGGCAUGAGAUGGUCAGAGGCCGAAGUCGAAGAUCGUCAGGUCAGCGAAAUGGUCAACGGUGACUCUGCACCUACGACUAUAACACAAUCAUCACAACCUCAGAGCGGACGCUUGACCGACGAACAAUUGAGAGCACAACUCGACGCAACAUUGGCCCAGGACACACAAGACGACCAAGAAGAUGAAGGCCUCCAUCUCUGA